AAAUGUUUUUUUCAUCAGUGCGUCUGCAAGCAGACAACAGAAGAGCGAGAAAUACAGAAUAAUAAACGGAUAUUUGCACGAUUUUACUACAUAAAGUCGUUUUUUGACGAAGAAGCGCAUAUAAAGGAGACUGGCAGAACAAAAUAUUGCAGCAGCCAUGGCAGAGUGUGAUGCUGAAUGGGAAUACAGUAAGGAAAAUAUCCAGCCUUUGAGACAAGGCCGUUCAGUGUCGGCCCUUCAUCAGGCUCUGUGUCAACAGCAGGAGGGAAACCACACAGCCCUCAAUCUCAAGAAACAAGAGUUUGAGUCUGAGCUGCGUCUGUAUGAUGGAGACGAUCCUCUGGAUGUUUGGGUCAGGUAUAUAAAGUGGGCAAAACAGACGUACCCACAAGGUGGAAAAGAGAGCAACAUAUCAGUGCUUCUUGAAAGAGCGGUCAUGCGCUUUACAGCUGAGCAGAAAUAUCACAAUGAUGUCCGCUAUGUUGAACUCUGGAUCCAGUUUGCGGAAAGCUCUUCCGACCCGAUGGAUGUAUUUCGCUAUAUGCAAGCUCAGGGAAUCGGCACAAUGCAAGCGGUUUUUUAUAUCGCCUGGUCCGAGGAGCACGAGAAGAGGGGGAACAUGAAGAUGGCCGACAGUGUUUUUCAGGACGGUGUCAAGUGUGGAGCAGAACCCUCAGAUAAACUGCAUGCAUUUCACAGAGCUCUGCAGGCGCGAGUGUGUAGACAGAUGAUGACAUCCAUGACUGAACAACACAGAAAUGACGAUGAUGAAGAUGAUGAAGAGCCUCAGCGAGCAUCACUGGCUGAACUCAAAGCCAAAGGGAAGAAAAAGGCCACCGUUCCCAUCAACAGGGUGAAGGCAUCUGUCGGAUAUGCUCGCGGGCUCCAGUUUAAACAGCCUCUGGGCCCCAAACAGAACAGCCGGCUCAUGAUAUUUGAUGAGAAUAAAGCUGAAAGUGAGCCGCAGGAGCCCAGAUUUGAGGUCUGGACGGCGCCGCCUGCUGCCCGAGCCAAAGAGAACCAGCAGAAAGUGGAGAAGUGGAGCAACGUGAAGUUACCUCUCAAGUCCAGAUCAGGCCUCAGUGUUGCGGUUCCACCUCCUAAACCCAGUUUCCAGCCAUUUGUGGAAGAGGACGACCAGCCGCCUGCUGUAACUCCGUGUAAAAUCAACCCUGCGGUGAACUCGGUUCUGUCUGCGAGGAAGCCCAGCCGUCUGGAGCAAACGCCACUGAAGAAGCUGCAGGAGAAACAGAUGCAGACGCUGGAGGACGGAGAGAGCAGAGAGCAGAGCAUGUACUGCAGAGAUCUGCUCUACAGCGGAGCCACAGAGUUCUGCUUCGAGGAGCUGCGCGCACAGAGAUACCUGCAAACACACACCAUACACAAUCUGAAAACACCACACACAUCAACACACUGCCUGCACACCAACACUGACAAAUGAACAGAGUUCUGAUUACUUCUGAAUUGACGUUUACUGAUCAUUAACUCAUCCAGUAUGUUCAUUUCUUCAGUUAGGGAAAAGAAUUAAGGUUUUUAAAAGAAAACAUCCAUAAAUAUAAGUGCAAUUUCUUCAGUAAACUAAUAUGAAAGUAAAUGUAAGUUUCAAGAUAACUAUUGUGAAAAUAAAUGCAUUAUAUUUUGAAAAUAAAAGCAAUUUUCUGUAAACUAACAUGAAAAUAUAUGCAAGAUUCAAGAUAACUAGUGUGAAAAUAAACACCAGAUUUUCAGAAAACUAAUGUGAAAAUAAAUGCAAGCAAAUGUUUUUAUAUAUUAAAAAAUGUAUUCAUUUUCAUGUUAGUUUUUUGACAAAUUGCAAUUAUUUUCUUAAGAGAUUUCUGAAAAAAUAGAUUUUUCACAUUAGUUUUCUGAAAAUCUGGCAUUUUUACAUUAAUUUUCUGAAAAAUAUGCAUUUAUUUUCAAAUUAGUUUUCCUGAAACUUGCAUUGAUUUUCACAAUAGUGGUCUGAAAAAUUGCAUUUAUUUUCAUAUCAGUUUUUGAAAAAUUGCAUUUAUUUUCUUAAUAGUUUUCUAAAAAUAAAAAAUAAAAAAAUGCUUUUUUUUUUUUUUAGAAAACUAUUAAGAAAAUAAAUGCAAUUUGUCAAAAACUGAUAUGAAAGUAAAUGCAAUUUUGGAAAAUCUGGCAUUUAUUUUUAUAAUAGUUUUCUUCAAAGUUGCAUUUAUUUUCAUAUUAGCUUUCUGAAAAAAUUGCAUUUAUUUUCAUAUUAGUUUACUGAAAAUCUGGCAUUUAUUUUCACAUUAGUUUUCUUAAAAUCUGAAUUUUUUUGUGUUAGUUUUGUGAAAGAAAUGCAUUUUCAUAGUUUACUGAAAAUCUGACAUUCAUUUUCACACUAGUUUUCUGAAAAAUUGCAUUUAUUUUCAUAUCAGUUUUCUAAAAAAUUGCAUUCAUUUUCAGAUAUUAAAAAGAUUAAAUGCAUGAUUAAAUUAGUUUAUUUGCAAAAGCAGCCAACUGCGUUCUUAGUUGUUUUUUUUACAGAAAUCAUGUUUUGCAUUUAACAGAAGAACUGCAAAAAAACAUGAUUUAUAUAAAUUACUAAAACUGAAGCUCUUUAGUGGUUUUCAGAAAUCUAAUAUUAAAAUACAUAUAUAUAUAUAUAUAGAUUUAAUGCAAGUUCAGUAAUUAAUAUUUAAAUAUUCAUAAAAUAUAAGUAAAAAGUUAUCUAAAAUUUAAGAUAUAAAUAAAACAUUACCUUUUUAAAUCAAUAAAUAUACACUCCCCCUGAUUUAUGGGUUUGAGCUUGCCUGACAUUAGGCCUUUGAUGCAGGCUUUUGUUGUUAAAAGUACGUCAUUCAUUUUUGUUUAUUUAUUUUUUUAGAAAAUAACAUUGUUUCCUCUAUAGCAGAAUCUAAUUCCUGAUCUGUGAUCAUUUAAAGUCCUGGAAGCUGCAGUGAAACUAAGAAGUUUACUAUAUUGAGAAAGUCCUGCAUGUUUUCCUCAAACUUUCGUUCCUUUUCCACUGAACAAAUGAACAUCUUGGAUUAAGAGGAGGAGGAUGAUUGAUUAGGAUAUUGAUUCUGGACGUGAAAUAAUCCUAAAACUCCUCUAAAACACCCACUAGGUUUUGAAACAGUAUUUGUUUUGGUGCUUUUGUGAGUCUGUCCUGUGUUUUUGUACAUAUAUUUUCUUUUGUACAUACAUACUGUUUUUGUUACUACAUUUAUAACUUUAGCGUUUGUGAAUAGGCAUUGUAUUGUCGUGUGUUAUUAAUGCUUCAAUAAAUGCUACACAUUUGAUAUCAAA